AUGACUCUUUGGGCCAUAGAUUUCGGUAUGUUCGGGCAUAAAUCGGUGGGCCAAAUAUGGGUCAGACCGAUUGUGGAUUGGGUUGAGUAUAUGCAGACCGGACUCUGA